UGAAAAGGACUGAAGAUUGAACUGCUAGACCGGAUUGUUGACAGAGCGUGAGCGGCGUGCCAUCUCUCCCAAUCGUUGUUUUCUCGACAGCUACUUCCACUAUGUCGGCUUCACUGCUGUCGCAAGCUGGGGUCAGAGGCGACAACGACGGUGUGAGUGUCCGAAUCAGUGAAAAGGCCGAGUUCGAAGGCUUUAUUUCCGCUCUAGGGGUGGCCCAUUUUCUCGGCGUCCAGUUCGCGCGUAUCCCUGCUCGUUUCCGUCAGGCUCAACUCCUUCCCCCCGAAAGUCAUUGUGCCACAGUGGAUGCCACAGAAUAUGGGCCAAUCUGCCCUCAGGCUCCUGACAAUCUUCGCAGCAUUCGGCAGCACCUCUUUGCUGGUGCGCCUGCCGCGAACUUGGCACAAUCCGAGUAUGAUUGCCUCCGGUUGAAUAUAUACGCGCCUAAAUCGGUCAUUUCGUCCGGGAACAAGGUGCCUGUUCUUGUGUGGAUUCAUGGAGGUGGGUGGUCAAUUGAAAACGGGAACGCUGACUUCUCUGGCGACUUUCUAGUACACCACUCGAUUGAGACAGGUAAGCCGAUAGUGUUUGUAUCCAUAAACUAUCGGAUGGGGUCCUUCGGGUUCUUGUCUUCAUCAGAACUCGCAGCAGAGGCAGUCAGUCAUGGAGAAGCAGGAUGGGCAAACCAGGGUCUCAACGACCAACGUAUUGGGCUUCAAUGGGUCAAAGACUACAUUCACAUGUUCGGAGGUGACGGCUCUAACGUAACGAUUGCCGGAGAGUCCGCCGGAGCCUGGUCUGUCCUAGCUCAUCUGCGAUCAAACCAGGCCCUUUGUCAGCGCGGGAUCAUGCAAUCAGCUCCAUCUUGGUCCAUGCUCCGACCAGAAGAGGCACAGGGGAAAUUCGACCGACUAGUGCAGCGUGCCGGGAUCCCUCUCACUGCCACGGCUUCGCAGAGGAUUGCUGCAUUACGGACAGCCUCCACGGAGGACUUGAUUGCAUGGAACGGGCCGCUGACAUCUCCGAUUUGGGAUCCAAAAUGGUUUGUCGGCCAUGCCUUGCCAGAGGCUCCCCUCGACUGUGUGGAGCCAUUUCCCAACUGGGUUCAGGCAAUCGUAACAGGUACAAUGCGAGACGAAAUGUCGGUAUUUGGGUUUGAAAAGUUUUGGCAAACCAAGGUAUCCGUGAUCUCCAGCCUACGUAAUGUCCUGUCUCUACCAAGCGACCUUUCCUUCGGUUCCGAGAUACUGGAAGAAUAUGGCGUCCUGGAAGCCAGGUCAGACACAGCGGCAGUGCAAGCACUUACUAGUCUCCUUGGCGAUGCUUGCUUCUCGCGUCUGCCGUUCAACGUUGCCAGCGCUUGUAGUAACCCCAACUCACCAUCACUGUAUAUUUACCGAUUUGAUCAGUCCGAUGAGGAGGAGGGUAGUCUGCUCAACGGAGCUGCCUUCCAUACGCUGGAUAACACUUACUUGUGCCGUUACCCCGCGGUCGCUGGCUCUGCAGCCCCACGCUCCUGUCAAAUUACAGCGGAUAUGUUCUCGCAGAUGGUUCUCCGCCACACAUACGGCGAGCCUCCCUGGCAGGCGUACGGCAUUUCGCAUGCACAAAAUGUCUUUGAUGGAGCAUACACUCGACUUGAGACCGUCAGUCAUGAUUGCCAGCGCUGGAGGAAGCUGUUGACCAGUCAAGACCGAACGAACAGAUUUGCGAGAUUGUUUUUUGAUUUUAUCACUCAAGGACCGGGGCGGUGA